CAAGAAAUCCAACCUUCAAGUAUCCUCGAGAAUACAACAACAACAUCACCACCCUCCCUCAAUCUCCUCUCAAUUGCAAAAUUCUCGAUCGCAUUCAUACAUAGAACGUCAAAAUGGCGGCCAAUUCAUAUCAAAUGCAGUCUAUGGGCGCAAAACCAUUCAAUCAUUCCUCUAGCAGCGACGCAGAAGCAGAAUAUGACCGACUACGCGACCUUGCACGACAAGAAGCUGGGAAGCGGAGUUCUUGUUUCGAUAAAGCACACAACGCCUACUCAAGUGGCGACGGAGCCGCAGCUCACCAGCUCUCAGAGGAAGGCAAACAACACGCUGCCAAGAUGGACCAGUAUAAUAAGCAAGCGUCCGACUACAUCUUCCGGCAGAACAAUGCGCUGGGUCGCGUAGCGGAUGACACGAUUGAUCUUCAUGGACAGUUUGUCGAGGAGGGGGAGGAGAUUCUGGAGCAGAGGAUUCGGUAUGCGCAGCAGAAUGGGCAGACUCAUUUGCACGUUAUCGUGGGCAAAGGCAACCACUCCGUAAACCACAUCCAGAAAAUCAAACCGAAAGUCGAGCAAGUGUGUCAAGAAUUAGGGCUCCAGUAUGCGACGGAGGAGAAUGCCGGGAGGAUGUAUAUCAAUCUUCAAGGCGGGCCGGCGACUAUGCCGCCGCAGAAUGCGUAUCAACCUGGGGGACAGCAUGGCGGAUUUCAUAAUCAACCUCAGGGACAGCAGCAGGGCGGCUAUCAACAAGGUGGUGGCUAUCCUGGUCAGCAACAACAGCAACAGGGAGGAUAUCAACAGGGUAAUCAACAAAAUAAUGGCCAGAAUGACGAAUUGGAGAAAUUGGCUAUGAAGCUAUUGCCAAGGAUAAUGAAGAAGUUGGACGGAUGUUGUACUGUAAUGUAACUGUACCUUACGGGUUGCGAUUUGCGAUUUGCACAGACAAGGAGACUUGGAUAUUGUGUAUAUUGUUUGUAUAAAGCUUUAGGUACAAGCCUAGCGGAACUAGGUAUAUAGCCAGCCUUUUGAGCAUGAAUACCGUGCUCGAGGCGCGUAACGAAAAUCGUCAACUAUAAUACCC